UUAAAAUACGAUUUAUAUAUGCCAUGGACAUAAUAAAUUAUCAAAAAGGAUCAUUCUGAGCGCAUGCCAAUGUGUAUUUAAUCUAAAAUAGAUAACAUAUUGGAAUGUCUCGGACUAGUUGUGGAGCUCAUAGUACAAAUUGCUAUAAAAAAUUAAUGUGAUUAUAGAGGAAAUUAUUAGCAGGAUUUUAGUAGUGCCAAAGAUGUUGCGGGUGUGCAACUCGACACAUGAACCUCUACAUACCCCACGAACGCCUAAAUCUCCAAAUGCGGAAGUCAUACGUAAACAGAUAGUAGGCAUGAUUCACGAAGAACCAGGCAAGGAAAAUGAUAAACCUUUGAAAAACCAAAAUCCAUUGAUAUACCAAAUAAAACGGAAGGGUAGCACGGGAACUAUGUUGAAACCUAGUGAUAAAAAUGAACGGCAAUUAGAGAGAAUUAAACGAUCUCAUCUCAAGUUUAUAAGAGAAGCAAACAGUAGUAGGAGUAAGGAAUUUCCAUCAAUUGAAAACUAUGUCUUGCAUGGGGAAUCAAAAGAUCCUAGCUACUUUGCAGACAUUGGUGACCCUGCUAAGCGUCACUGGAGUCUUCCCGGGGAUCUAAAACAAGAAAUAAAAGUUAAAAACGUUAGAUUUCAUAUACAAGAGGAACCAAAAAAGAGUAAAAUGCAAGAGGACUAUGAACCUAAGGAAAGAGAACAUGCUCAAAUAAGUUGUGAAGUGCGUGGUAGUGCUAUUCAAUCAAACGAAAAGCCUGGAAGAAUGAGCAAACCGAGUCUGAGGCAUCGGCGAACCGAGGCAGCAAAACGACAAGCAACAAUUCAUACAUCCCUUCAAUUGUUUAAAAGACGAUUGAAAUUAAAUCAUGAAACAACAUAUAUAACACCAUCAGUAAACACAAACCAUGAUAAUGAUUAUAUCAUAAGACGAGUCCCCAUUAAAAAUAGUCUGAACGCAAAUAUUGCGGUGCCACGUGCUGCCUCGGCACCCAAACCAGUCAUUGAACCGAGAUUAACCGUAAAUACUACUCAAAGACCUAAAAGUUCAUUUACACCUUGUUUAAACGCACAAAAGACAUUUUUGAAAGCUAGACCACAAAGUAGUCCAGAUCGCUAUCCAAAUGAAGGUCAUCUUUUGCGACCUCGGUUGCAUGAAAAUUUGCAUAAUACUGAGAUGAACUUCUAUCAAGAGGAUGAAGAACAGGAACCGGAAACUGUAGCAAAUGUUGUAAAUACUUAUUUCGUAGAACAAGGCAAACCUAAACCAAAGGAAAUUUAUCAGUCUUCUCUUAGUGCGCAUAAUCUCGAUGUUCAUAAUUCCCUAACAUCAUGCCCUGACGCAAGAAUGAAACAUGUGAACAGUAACCAUCAUUUUGAUAAUCGUUUCAUGAGAUGGCUUGAAGAAUCGUCAGCAAAUUCUGAAGAGGCUCGCCGAGCAGCAAUGCGGUCACAUCCGGAACCAAUACAUUCACCGGAAGCACCAAAAUAUCCAUUACUUCCCCCAGAUCAUGAUGAUACCGAACUAUAAUUGAAAAAUUUAUAUUGAUACUUAUUGAACGGAUUAGGGAAUAAAUUGCAAUACUGGAGAAAUUGACCAUUCCGCUCUUAUUACAGUUAAGUUGUUUCACAUUGUACACAUAAGUCUGAGUACUUUACAUAGUACAUGCGUAAUAGAAUUAUUUGGUUCCCAUUAGUAUUAAGAAAAGAAAUCUAAUUAGACAUGUUAGUAGAAAUAUUUGUUAAAAGCACCAACUUAGAUUUAUAGUAUAUAUGACUCUAUAUGAGGGUUUAUUUCAAAUAUUAAAGAAACACAUGGUUUUACAAUUUGCAACGCAAAAGGAAUUGUCGCUUUUAAAUCGAGGGGAUAUUUAGUUUAUUAGGCUGGAGUAACUAUGUUACAUAAAUAUUAUAAUGCAAACAUUUGAGUCCUAAUUGGUACAUGAACAUUAAUGUAUAAUGAAAAAUAUAGAUAGUUCUUUCCACGGAUAGCAUUGUACACUCGCGAGAUUGAGUUUUCCUCUUUUGUUUAAAUGAAACAAAAAAGGAAAGUUCAUAAUUAAAGGUUGCUUUAUUCAAAAGACAAAAACUUAGUUUGCGAUUAUUCUAAUUCCUUCUAUUUCUAUAUUAAUGUUGAAUUAUGUAUAAAAUGUAAUUAAUAAUGGUGUUUUAUUGCAUUUUGACUAAUUUCAUGUAUGUUGUGUACGUUUAACUAUAUGUUUUAAAAUACA